CUUACACAUCGCAUGGAAGCUUGAGGCCCUGUCCAGCACAUUUCCAAAAACUGCAGACCUGUUUUUCUGGACACCUAAGAGCUCGGGGGACAGUUAGCUAGCGUGGACACAUGGUGUCGACAGACGGUUUUGAUUGCAGGAGCUACGAUCUACAAACGUACGCCGAUGGCAUACACAAGAAGCGGCUGGAGCGCUUCAGCACGGUUUACGCCUGUGCGUUUGUGAGCAGCACGCUAGGGAACGGCGACGCCGCCGCUAGCAGCCUGGCGCUGGCGCCGUCGGACCUGUUGGUGACUGCGAGCAGCACAGGGCAUCUCAGGCUAUUCCGGCUGGUGGACAUGGUGACGCGCUGGACCGCGGCGGGGCAGCAGAGCGCGCAGCCGGCCUGCAGCUGGGCGGCGCACGUGGGGGCCGUGUACUGCCUGGCGACGGCACGAACCCCGAGAGGCGGCGACACGCUACUCUUCAGCGGCGGCGACGACGGCUACGUGCGUGGCUGGCGGUUGUCUGACGUGUUGGCGGGGCUGCAGGCGCGAGAGCUGAAGCAGCAGCAACAGCAGCAGCAACAGCAGGCGCCAGACGGCUCGGGGGCGGGGGCGGAGGCGGUGCUGGAGGUGCGGCCGUUCCUGGCGGUGCGGCUGCCGCGGGCGGAGAGCCCCCUGGGCGCCAUCUCGCUGCCGCCGGCGGUGCAGUCGCUGGCGCUGUCGUCGGACCCGGCGGGCGAGGGGUCAGGGCCCACGACCCUGUUUGCUGGCUGUAGCGACGGCGGCGUGCACAGCCUGGAUGUGGCCACGGGCGCGCUGAGCAGCCCGCAGCGGGCGGAGGGCGGCUGCCAUGUGGCGGGCGUGCUGACCAUGGACCACAGCUGGAGCGCAGGCAGCCUGGCCACCGGCUCCGAGGACGGCACGGUGCGGCUGUGGGACGCGCGCAUCGGCGGCGCCCGUGCCUGCACCUCCACCUUCGACACGGGCGCAGCGGGCCGGUCCGUGCCCGGCAGCGGCGCCGAGGCGCUGCGUUGCCUGCGCAACCCGCCCACCACCUGCCUGCGCUUCGAGGCCAGCGGCAGUUGGCUGCUGUGCGGGCACGGCGCCGGCGGCGGCAGCGCCGGCAGCCUCAGCAUGUGGAGCCUGGGCAUGGGGCAGCGGGUGCAGCAGGUGUCCACCACCGCCGUGCCGCAGGCCAUGGUCGUGGCUCCCUCGGAGGUGCUGGUGGUGGGGUCGGAGUCGGCCCUGUGCCGCUACAGCGCCGCGCUGGAGGGCCCCGGCGUGAAGCAGCCGCUGCAGGGCUGCCGCUCCGCAUUCGGGCUGGACCUGCACCCGCGCACCGGCCAGGUUGCGGUGGGCGGCGCCGGCGGUGCGGUGGAGCUGCUGAGCCGCUACGGCAAGAAGACUGGUGGCUGCUUGUUCACGUCCGACGAGGACUAGAUAGGGGGCUGGCAAGGGCCCGAUGAUGAAGGGCAACCGUGCAUCCGUUGCCAUUUCACCUAGGCUAACACCGGAAGGUUGCUGGAGUGCUGGAUGGUGUAGGGGCGAGCACCGGUUCGGGGU